AUGGAGACCUCAAAGGACGACUCGGUGAGCGCCAACAACGAUGAAGGUAGACUCAUCAGUCUCGGCCACAAGCCGGAGCUCAAACGGACCUACACUUUCUGGAGCUUGAUGGCAUAUCAAACGACGAUUCUGUGUUCGUGGUCCUGCAACAUUGUCAUGUUCUAUUACAUUUUCACUUUAGGUGGCCCUGUCUGUCUUGUAUGGGGGACUGUCCUGGUAACAAUCGGUCAACUUUUUGUCAUGUCAUCUUUGGCAGAAUACUGUUCGAUAUGGCCCACUGCCGGAGGCCAACAGUUCUAUACCCAAGUCGUGGCCCCAGAAGGAUCUCGACGAUUCUUAUCCUAUCUCGUUGGCUGGUGUGUGUUGGUAGGCGAGAUCUCGACAAGCAGCAGCUGUGCGUUGAACAGUGCAGAGAUUGUGGCUGCAUUGGUUGAAAUUAUUCACCCAGAGAUUGAUUGGAAGCCCUACAUGACCUUCCUCAUAUACACCGGCUUCCUUGUGGCGCCUGCCCUUUCAAAUCUGCUGCCGAGAUAUCUUCCAGCUUUGCAGGUCUUCGGCGCCUUCUUCAACAUUUCCAAUGGAUUGAUCUGGGCAAUUGUCUUCUUGGUGAUGGCAGAGAAGAACAGUGGCAGAUUCGUCUUCACAGAAUUCCUCAACAGCUCAGGUUGGACGUCAAAAGGCUGGGUAUUCAUACUCUCCAUGUAUGUCCCCAUAUACGGACUGUAUGGGUCGGACGGGGUGAUGCAUCUUGUUGAAGAGAUGAAGAAUGCUUCUCGUGACGCCCCUCGUGUCAUGGUGUGGUCAAUGGUAUGGGCUGGAAUUACAGCUUGGCUUUCGGCCAUCGUCAUGUGCUUCACAGUAGGACCAAAAUGGGAGGACUAUCUUGAGGCCACUUCAUCAUACGUGGAAUGGUUCAUGGAUGCACUGGAUUCAACUUACGGCGGAGGCAUCUGGUGCGCAGUAAUGAUGAUGGGCUUGAAUUAUCUCAUUAUUGUGAACAUGAACACCGCCGGCUCUCGUCUAGCUUGGUCAAUGGCACGCGACCGGGCGUUCCCUUUCUCGAAUUACUUCGCCCAUGUCAGCAGGCGCUUCACGAUGCCUCUUCGAGCGAUGAUGGCCGUUAUCGUGAUCAACUUGCUCGUGGGAUUACUGGUCUUGGGCAGUGAUCUGGCCUUUUACGCCAUCAUUUCGGGCGGCGGAGUCGCACUGCAAGUCUCAUACUGCGUCCCGAUCCUGUGCGUCGUUCUCAGGGGUCGGAAACACCUCCCUCCGCGUCCACACUUCGACCUCGGUCGCUGGGGUUACACGGUCAAUAUUCUCUCACUGCUUUGGAGUGUUAUUGUCCUUCUGUUCUACAUCUUCCCACAGUAUGUGCCCGUGGUCGGGGAUCUCGCCAACAUGAAUUGGGCCAUCGCCAUUCUUGGUGGAGUGGUACUUUUUGGCGGAGUUUAUUGGUUACUGAAAGGCAGAUAUGAGUAUCUGGUUUUCGGCAACUCGAUCCUCGAUGACAACGUUGUGGUCCAUGGAGAUGCGAGGGUCAUUGGAAGGGAUGCUGCGACGACUUUUGGAAAGCCGUCCACUGAGAAACGAGAAGAGCUCUGAGGUGAUGCGGAGGUGGACUCACUGAAUACAAGCUGAAGUAAUGCUGCAUGUUAUAUUUCCAUCUAAAGCACUCGAAUGGGCAUACGGGCUAGGCCUUGACGGCCUUCACUAUAG